UCAUUUGAGCAAGGUAAGUAAUAAAGAAAAUUAAUACAGCACAGCACUAAUCUAUGUGGACUACACACAAAAAAACUACAAAUUUUGCGUUCUUUUAAUUCAUCAGUCUUGAUUUCUUUCUGCUGCUGAUAAUUAAGUUUUUUCAUAAUGCCUGUUGAACUCAAAUUUUCUUACAGAAAACAAGAUGAUGGAAUUAAUCGGUGGGUUUUCUGGACUAAUCGUAAUGGGGAUGAGCUGAACCAUGUUAAAUCUCUCUUCCAAUUUCUCAGAGAUUCUACUCACACUGAUACAAAUGGUGACAGUCAAAUAAACAGAUUGACAAUCAAGAAUCUAGUCGAGCUUCUUGAUGUUCAAGGAACUUGUUUGAUUCAAUUUUGGGUACCUAUAAGGGUUAAUGGUGGCCAGAUUUUUUUAACAACAGCAGACCAGCCUUUUGCUCUUAAUGGCAAGAUUCACGAGGGUCUGUGGGCGUACAGGCGUGUAUGUCUCCAUACUAUAGCUUCAGUCGACACCACAGAUAUUACUGCAGCUAAACGCAUCCAUGUCCAUGGCCGUCCAGCACGCGUCUUCAGAAGUGGAAUGCCUGAAUUCAGCCCUCAUGUCAGAUACUAUUACAUGGGCGAAUACCCUUUGCGCAAUUUUGCAAUGUGUCUGGGAGUAGGUAGCUAUUGGACUGUGCCUGUGUUUGAGGGUUCAGGGGACCGUUGCAUUGGCGUACUGGAAUAUGCAUUCGACGCAAAUGAAGGUCUUGAUAUUUGCUCUAUCUUAGACCGUUUCAUCAACAAUCACAGAAUACUUAAGACAAUGGGUCUGGCUCUCAUUCCUUCAUGGUUAGCAUGCCCUAAAGAGAUACAAGAAGUAUCGGAGCAAGAACUCGCUAAAGUAAAGGAGGCUUUGGAAGUAACAUGUAAGACUCACAAGUUACUCUUUGCUCAAACUUGGAUUCCUGUGCUUGAUUCAAGUAGAACACAAAUGUUGAUCACCUCGCCCCCAACAAAAUAUUGGGGUGAUGAUAUAGCACCUCUUGAAUUUUUGGCUAUUAGUGACCUACAUCAUGUACGCAUUGGGCAAGGAUUAGUCGGAAAAGUGUUUUCAUCAAAGGGUUCAUGCUUUUGCAGAGAUAUAACUCAAUUAAGCAUAGAUUUUUACCCCUUAGUACCAAUUGCACGCUCUGCUAGAUUUACCGCCUGUUUUGCAAUUUUUGUGAGACUGAAGAAUGCGAGCAGCAUGGUACUAGAAUUCUUUUUACCUCGUGAUGAGACACUCGAUGGAAAUCCGCAAAGUUUCUUGAACAAGCUAUUAGCCACAAUUGGAGAACAACUUCCAAGCUUUUCUCUAGAUUCAGGACCAAGCUUUUUUGUUGAGGUUAUCGGAACUGCUCUUGUUGAUGGGCUUGAUUUCUUUGAGAUAAGCCAACCACAACCAGUGGUUGAACCAAAGGGAAACAAAAAAGUGAUGCAUUUUUAUUCCUUGAAUCAAUAAUCCGCUGAUUUAGGAGCGUCGAGUUCAACUGAUAUAGGAGCUCAUUACAUGGAGAUUACAAAGGAUACUCCUGGUAUACAUGGUAUUGCUAUUUCUCAAAAGAUUUUGGAAUUAGAGAAUAAAGAAGAAUCUGUGCUGCUAAAUUCAGCACACCAACAAGGAGUUGAGGAAGCUGCUGCGGUGGACAAAGAAAGGAAUUUUGUAAAUUUCAAGGAGAAUGAAGUUUCCUAUACUGAUUCAGACAUAUUUGCAACAUUUAUUGUUGAUCCAGAGCAAAAUUUGCAAAAAAACUUGUCUAUUAUUGAAGCUUCUCUUGAUGAAGAACUCGAGUCCUUUGACAUAGGCCAGCAUCAACUUCCUUUGAUGGUAAAAUAUGACACCCUCAAUCAACUAUCUGAUAUUGAUCCUUUGAGUUCAUCUGAUUUUGAAGAAAUUAUAACUGUGGAUUAUGGAUGGGACGCUCGCAUGAAUCUUCAGUCAAAAGACAAAGGAGAAACUACACAGCCAGAUUUAGCAUAUCAACAGAGAGGGGAGGCAGCUGAAACAAAGGCAUUCUCUGCAUGUCAAAGAGAGUACAAAUUCCCAUAAUUCCCCAGAGAAACAUAAAAGGAUAAAGAGGAUAGAAAAGGAGUUGAAAAACAGUCAGUGAAUUCCAGUCAAGAAGACCUGCAGCCACAUGCUACAUUGACUGAUCAGAGGAAGAAACCUACGGCUACAUUUCAGAGUGACAACGCCAUGAGCGUAAAGGUAACUUACAAAGAUGUAACUGUAAAGUUUCCACUGUCUCUUUCAUCGGGGAAAAUCGAUUUAGAAGCAGAAAUCGGAAAGAGAUUGAGAAUACCUAUAGGAAGUUGUUCUAUCAAGUAUGAAGAUGAAGAAAAUGACUGGAUUGCAAUAACAUGUGAUUCAGAUUUAGAGUAUGGAAUACACACUUUAAGAUCAUUAGGAAGAACUACAAUGAAGAUGUUGGUUGAGCCCUUGAAUUAAUUUUACUGAU